AACCGUCAGUCUCGCGCACGACUUCGAGGUGGGAGGACGUAUUGUUCCUUAUACUGUUGGUUUGAUUUUUCGACGUGGAAAAAUCGAUCGUACUCGGUGAAUUUCGACGACGCCUCUCAACGUCGACAAGUACGUUCAUGUUACAACGAGAAACUCGAUUUAUCCCUGUACUGAUAAAUAACGUAAAUCGUUCGCGUAUUACGUGAAUAACCUCUACACGUUAAUUCGGAUGUGCGUAGUAUUGUGAAUACAUUCUCUUUUUUUUUUUUUUUGGUGUACAUCGCUUUGAUCAAUCGCUUGGUGUAUAUUAUUAUUCCUAAAGGUGUUUAUUUCGUUCUAUCUACUUUGACCGAAUUUAUUAUGUUACUACCGAACGCGCGUGCGAUCGUCACAUUAUUUUGACCGAAGGUGCGCUCGAUUACGAGAAAAGGACCAACGUUGCAAAAUGUUACCACAGACUCCUGACAUUAUUCCCACCACUCUUAAUCAGCAAAAAUGCGUGAAAGCGCGAGCGUUGUACGACAACAUAGCCGAAGCGCCAGACGAGUUGGCUUUUCGAAAAGGUGAUGUUCUGACCGUACUGGAACAGAAUACGGCGGGUCUUGAAGGCUGGUGGUUGUGCGUCCUGCGAGGUAGACAGGGAAUCUGUCCAGGAAAUCGAUUAAGAAUUUUGGCUGGACAAUAUGAUACUGGAGGUUGUUUGAUCGGUAGCAGAGCUGAUUUGAAUAUUUCGGAAGAUGGUCUACAGAGGCACGGAAAACGCCGCAGUUGGCACGUACAACCAAAUAGGGUCGUGACACCACAAAAGUGCGGCGACGUGUACCUGUACGAUUUACCAGCGAGUCGCGGAAGUCCUGCACCACCCUCCAGACACGAUUCACCCCUCAAUUCGAACAACGAACAUUUGCACAAUACAGGACGAUACAUGACAAGCGCCAGAAGCUCCGUCGACAACGGUGGCGAUGUGACCGACUGUUACGACGUUCCACCACGAGCAAUUCCUGUGAUUCCAUCCCCUGCAAGUAGUCCGAGUCCUGCCCCAUCUUGCUACGAUAUACCAAGGCCACCGACGUCCUGUACUCCAAACUCGAAUUGUUCUGGUGGCUCUGGCAUCACGCCUUUAGAUUGUUACGAUGUACCACGGCCGUUACAACCAUUGACACCAAGUAGUUCAGCUUCCAGUCUGACCAACGAUGGGUCGCUCAGUGGAUCUAAUAGAUCGAGCCUCGCCGCUCCAGAUUACGACGUGCCACGGCCACGUCUUCCAGCAUCAUCGUUACCAUCACGACACAAUACACCUGUCCCUAAAACGCCAACUCCACCGCCACCUCCUAUGCAAACGCAGCAAAUUUACGACGUACCGAUGAACAAGGAACUUCCAUUGGAAUUGGAUGCCGCGUUGGAAGGUCUUCAGAGGUUGCAGAAUGAAGCUUCAGCAGCGAUAGCCAGGUUAUUGGGUUUUGUUAGUCCUGGUUGGAGAACGCCUCAACGAUUGGACGCUACAUUAAUGGAUUUAAGGCUCGCAGCAUUGAGAUUGAGAACGUCAUUACACGAUCUCGCUGAAUUUGCCGAAGGUACGCUCGGUAACGCGGCCAAAGCGCCAGACAAGGGUCUUGCAACGAAAUUACGGCCUCUGGUUAAGGCACUUCGUGACUCCGACAAGCUCGUGCAGGAAGCCGCCACCGAGUUGGACACGAUGGAAUGGGACGCGGGUAAACUCUGUCGCGGUGGUGGCGACACGCCGACACCUACGAAUGGGCCACCACCUUCCCUUCUGCCGACGGUUCAACCGGAUCCACUCGAUCAGCUGAUCGCGUGCGCUCGAGCACUCACGGAAGACGUUCGUCAGGUCGCCAGUUUCAUUCAGGGAAAUUCCACGUUGUUAUUCAAACGAUCAUCCAUCAUCUCAACGGGCAGCAGCAACAACAGCGGCGCUGGGGAAGACUACGAUUACGUUAAUCUCGACUCACGAGAGAUCGUGGCGAAGCAACGAGAAGAACUGAGAGCAUCUUUACCUCAAGAACUCCGUAGCAGUUACGAUCUACUAGUGUCCGAGGCGGACAAUGCGGCCAUUCAAAUGCCACCCACGACACCAACGCCCAUGGAUCCCAACGACAAACAAUUGUUGGCUUUUUACGCGGCUCAAGUGAUCACACACGGUGCACACCUAACUCAUGCCAUUGACGCCUUCUUGCAAACGGUUGAGCAUAAUCAGCCACCCAAGGUCUUUCUGGCACACGGCAAAUUCGUCGUCCUUAGCGCCCAUCGACUCGUUCACAUAGGUGACACCGUGCAUAGGAAUGUGACAAGAAACGACGUGAGAACGCGAGUUCUUCAAUGUGCGAAUGCCCUGAACGAGGCACUCGCACAGACAGUCUCGAAGACGAAACAGGCAGCACAAUUCUUUCCUAGCGUGACUGCGGUACAAGAGAUGGUCGAUAGCGUCGUUGACGUUUCUCACUUGGCCAAAGAUCUCAAAGUCGCCAUGAUACAUGCUGCGCAGCAACCAUGAAUUUAUUUUUGCACUAGCAAAACGUGAUUGGAUAACGAAAGGUAGAAAAAGUACGAGAGAGCGAUAGACCGAUAGAGCGAUAGAGCGAUAGAGAGAGAGAGAGAGAGAGAAAGAUAGAGAGAGAGAGGAGAGAGAAAGAGAGAGAGAGAGACCGUGAAACGUCGAUAAGAAGUAGAGACGUGACUCUAACAUGAAUUUCUUCAGUAUGCUGAGGAGAGAACAAGAAAAUCAAUGUCUCUUAGAUCGUUCUAUAGUGACUCGAAAGUGUUCAAAGGUCCUACAACGUGAAUGUUUUGAGACGAUAAUCAGUAACGUCGUAAUAUUGUCAGGCGACCGUGAGGGGUUUAAUAUCGUUUAUUAUGACGUUAAUUGUCCUGGAUUUUGACGAUUAAAUGAAUAAGAGUUAGAGGGUGUUGGACGUGUCUUUUUGGAUGAACAGAUAAGACGAAAGAGAAAAAUAUUCUCGGAAUUUAAACGUCUCCCUUUUUCUUCUUUCUAAAGAUAAGGAAUCAAUUUUUAGGCCUACGUUUUAUUAGAAAUACGCAACUGCCAAAGCACAAGUAUAGUAGUAGGGAAGGGAGACCAAUAAAAAAGAAAAAAGAAAAAAAAAGAAAAAAGAAAAAAAAAAGAAAAAAAAGGAAAAAAGAACAAAAAAAAAAAAAAACGGAAAAAAAAUGAUUUAUAUAAAUGUAUUCGAGAAUUAAUGAUAUCGUAGUGUUUUAUAGAGGAAACGUAAUCGUGUCAUUUUUCGAGUAGAUGCGAAAUCCGUACGUCGAAUACACAAACUUGUCCUUCCGUGCUAAUUACGAGUGCUGCGUUCGGAACAAAACGAAAUUUGUUAAUAAUUAUUACCCGCUAUAUAACGAACUGCCUUUUGAACGUGUUUCUGAACGAUUUUAACAGAUUAAAAUAUAACGAACGAGCAAUUUGCGCAAUUUAAUAAAAAGAAGAGAAAAAAAAAAAAAAAAAAAAAAAAAAAAAAAAAAAAAAAAACAAGAAAAAAAGCCCA